AUGCCUCAGCAGGGGAUCACACCUGGUGCUUGGGUACUAGAUGAGCGUGCUCAAAGGAAAACUGCUGUGAAAGCAGGGUUGAACUCAAAGGGUCCUGCCAUGCAGGUACGAACCCUGAUAAUUCAUGAUGGCAAAGCUCAAGAGUGGAAUCCUGCCGUCUUUGACUCUUUGAUUGUCGGCACUUGGAAAGAAACUCUUGACACAAAUCUGAACAAGGCUCUAGAUCUUGGUCAAGCCAUGUGGGAACAUGGAAAGGGAGAAGAGGAGACGGGGCGUACUUACGAACACAUAUCACUUGUCACUGGAAGAAACAAGACUGUGGUCACUGGACGUAACAUGGGACCAAUCAGUAACUUGUUUGCGGGCUUCCGUGUCUCAAGCACAGCACUGCAGAACAAUGCCACACUUGGUCGUAUGGCAGAUUCCAUUUCGGAGACACAUGGUAUCAUAUUUGAAUCUAUUGAAUACAUCAAAACUGUCUACCAGCAAAAGAAUGAUGGCUCUUUCAUUCCAGUGCGGAGUGCCCCUGAGACUGGAUUACUUGCUGAUAAGCCCUUUGAUAAUGGCAGUCACAAGCAGGCCUUUGAGUUCCGUCACAAUGACAUCGAACUUGUUGCUAAAAAGCAUUUCCAUUUUGAUAAGAAAGUUUGGUCUCUUGCGACCAUGACAACAUAUGUCAACCAGAAACUUCUUGAGAUGGAAUGCAAGAAGGCUAUCUUGUUGGCCUCCUAUCUCGAAGCUUUCAACGAGAAACUCAAGGAUACCUAUGAAGAAUUGGAUCUACCAACUCUUAUAUACACACCUUGCUUCCUUAUCAAGAUAACGUCCGGACUGAACAAGGAUGAAGCUUUCAUGGUAGAGCCUGAUCUUCGAAGUACUGGAGAUUGCAUCAAAAUCAACAAUACCGAUGAAUUCUCCCCACCAGAUGAAGUCGAAGUUGAAUUUCAACAUCAAAGGUUGUACCGAUUCAUGUAUGCCUUCACGCACUUUGUGUUCCAUCGAUCUAUCAAUGGGGCCAAAACGGCAGAAGCAAGGGAGGCAGCAAUGGUAGUCAUUGCCGACAUUCAAGGUAAAUUCCGUUGUGAUUGA